CACUCUCUUCAUAACGGAGAAUAUAUGGGAACUUACAAUCGGCAUCCCGUUAAGUUAAGAAGUUAAUAUUAUAUGUCUUUACAUAAAGCACUUGUUUUUAGGCAAUGCAAUUUAUUCGUUUUGAAAGAUCUGUUAUUUACACAGCAUUCGUAUAAAAUGGCAACAGCUGAUGGUGAUGUAGGAGAAGAAAAUGGCAAGUUAUCUGAUUUUAAGAUCAUUCACAAGAAGGGUGACCUAUUUUCCUGCCCGGAGGAUGAAAGCCUGGCUCAUUGUGUCAGUGAGGACCUCCGGAUGGGGAAAGGAAUCGCCACACUGUUCAAGAAAAACUUUGAAGGGGUACCAGAGUUAAAAGCACAGGGUAAAAAAGUGGGCGAUGUUGCAAUAUUGAAGCAUGGAAAAAGAUUCGUAUACUACCUGAUAACAAAACCCAAGUAUUUUGACAAGCCCACCUAUGCAACACUUGAGGACAGCCUCAGGGCCAUGCAGAAGCACUGUGUUGAACAUAAUGUGACUGCUGUAAGCAUGCCAAAAAUAGGUUGCGGGCUGGAUAAGCUGCAGUGGCCUAAAGUUGAAGAAACGCUAAUGAGUGUGUUUAUGGAUACCAACAUAGUGAUAAGUGUAUAUAGCCUGUGAGUGCAUGGCCAUUGGUGAAGUGUCAAGUAGUGACCUAGUAAUGAUGCUCUAGAUAUUUGUAACUAUUAAAGCAACAUUUGUGAGAUUUGUAUGCCCCCGGAUCGAAUGAUCGGGGGUAUAUUGUUUUUGGCCUGUCUGUCUGUCAUUCUGUCAUUCUGUCCCAAAACUUUAUCCUCAAAACUUAAACCUUGGUUAAAGUUUUGCGAUAACUUUGAAAUAUUGAAGUAACUUGAUAUUUGGCAUGCAUGUGUAUCUCAUGGAGCUGCACAGUUUGAGUGGUGAAAGGUCAAGGUCAUCCUUCAAGGUCAAAGGUCAAAUAUAUGGCUUCAAAGCGGCGCAAUAGGGGGCAUUGUGUUUCUGACAAACACAUCUCUUGUUUAUUAUGCAGUUGAUAAUUCAGUUAUAUUUCGGUAAAAUGACUCAUUUUUAGCCCGGCUGUUUUCGGAGAAAACCCGAGAUAUUGUCAUAGCCAGCUUGUCCUGUCGUCCGCGUCGUGCUAAAACUUUGACAUUUUGUCAAAGUUUUGAACAUUGGCUCUAAAAUCAAAGUGCUUCAACCUACAACUUUGAAACUUCAUAUGUAGCUGCACCUUGAUGAGUUCUACAUGGCACACCCAUUUUUGGAUCAGUAGGUCAACGGUCAACUUCACUGUGACCUCUAAAAAAAAAUAUUCUGACAAGCUUUCAUUUAUUCAAAACUGCACCCGCAGCUGAGCGUGGCAUCCGUUAUGCGGUGCUCUUGUUUAAAUAUAGGGCAAUUACAAUUGAUUAUGUUAUGAUUAUAAUAUGUUUUCUCAAAUUUCUACGAGAAAAUCGUAUUUCAGUUUUACAGUUUUUUCACCUGCCAUUUGUUUCAGUUACAAAGUGUUGUUUUUUUUUGGUUUUGAUAAUCACAUUAUUUUUUUAUUAUGUUAAAGUCAGUCACAUCAGUUCUGAAAGGUAUUUAUAUUUUGUUAAUCCUAGCAGUAUUUAUCAAUUAUCUGAAAAUAAUAAUAGUUAAUAGAUCUCAGCUGCAGACUCAACAAUGUUUUUAACUUUUUACCAAUCAACACAACUGACUGUUUCAUACAUUUUACUUACAAUGUAUCUGGUUAUCUGCAAUAUCUGUUUUAUAGUUUCUUUUGAGUGAUGUAACUAAACAACCUUAUGUGAAAUUAUAAAAAAGAGCAGUAGAAGAGAGAUGAACAUAGUGUUGAUAUCAAUUUAGUUCACUGUUGUUUGAAGUUGUGUUAAUGUAUAUUUAUGAUAAAAUUUAUUAAGCAUU